GGGAAUUUUGUAAUCAUGGACCAGAUGAGUCCUUCUGCUUCAGAGGGAGGCUCUUCUCCAUCGCUCACUUCAGCUGCUAGAGUGAGCUUCCUCCACCCUGCAGCAGGAUCGGACACUACCGUCAGGUUUCCAGGGAUAAAACCUAAACUGAGCCCAAAACCUCUUGUUCUUCCACCGGUUCCUGCAAUUCCAGUCAUAGCCCCCAGCAAACCACGGCAGCCGAACACCAGCUGGGUGCACAGCGCCAAACAGAAAGAGGAAGCUGGUGCUCAAAACAGAGCAAACGAAAGCAGGAGACCUGAACGGAUGUCUUUUCUGUCUGCUGUGAUUGAGCGCACCUCAAAGCUGUAUGGAGACACAUACACACCUGGGCUGCAUCUCAGCUCCUCCGGGGAGACACCUGCCAUGGAGAACGCUGAUGUGACAUCAUUUCCUGAUGUGAAAGGCGGUGAGGCUUCAGCAAAGACACAGUGUUUUGCAACACAGACAGCCAUGAUGCCUUCGGCCAGGCUUAGACCUGCAGUUCCUGUGAAGCAUUUGAUCGAGUCAGCAGCUCCUCUACACACGCAGAAAUUGUCGCCAAAGCCAAGUACGAGUUUCUCUUCGGAAAGGCAGAAGACUCAAGCUCAUCAGAUAGCGUUACUUCUCCACCCCAAGCGAAAGAAAAAGGCAGCUCAAUUCUUGACUCUACUCUCGAUGAUGAUGACAUUGAUGAGACGUCACUCUUCCAGGAGAUUGACCGAGAGCUGUCGAACCUGUUAAGCGGCCUGACAGCCCGGAGUCAGCAUGCAGCGACCGAACAGGGCUCCCUGUCAGGAGACGCCACCGCCUCACCCAUGAUCCCCUGCAACGGACAAAACCAAACCUUGCCAUCACAACUGGAAAUGGCCAACCAGGGUCUAGACCUUCAGAACGGCCAGUCUGAGUUAACAGGAGACUCCCUCCUGACGUCUGGGCUGCUGUUUGACUCAUGGUGCGAGGCACUCAUAAAGGACCCCAGCUCAGUGAUGGCGGCCGCAAAUGAGCUGAGCUGCUUCAGCACUGGGAAUGCACCAGAUAAACUUGAUGCCAGCCCAACUCCUGCUGGAGCACAUGUGGAGCCAUCCGGAGAGGUGCUCUCGCAAGAAAACUCCGGAAAGGAAACAGAGGGCAAGAGGACAGGGUCGCCCUCUCCCAUCAGAACAGACGAACCUUCGGCAGAAAUCGUGGACGAGUCUCUUGAGGAAUCCAAUAAAAUCCUGGCGGAGGUCCCAGGAAUCUUUAGCGGCUUUCUGGAAGGGGGCAAACUGCGGGACAAGCCGCCGAAGAAGCUGCGGUUUGUGGAGAGCAGAGCUGAAAGCCUAGUGAAUGGAGAGAUGCAAAACGGAAGUCAUCAGAGCUGCAGUGUGAAAGAGGAAGUGACUCAGGACAUACAGAGUACAGCAGCCGCAGGAGUGCCACAGGGGAGCGUGCUGAGACCCGAGCAAAAACCAACAGAAAACGGCACUGACAGGUGUUCUGCAGGUAAAUCUGCUGCAGGUGAGAUUGACACCACAGAUGUCUUCAGCUGUCAGUUUGAGAACAUCCUGGAGUCGGAGCGUCUGCGAGGGACUCUCUACAGCAGCAUGGACUCACUGGACGCCCUGUCAAACCCUGUGCCUGAACCCACUCCGCAAAGCACUCUAGAACCCUCGUUUGCCUUCGACAUUCCUCUCACUCCUAUGAUUCAGCAGCGACUCAAAGACAGGAGUCUGUUCCUGGAACCAGCAGCACCUGACCUGAGCUCGGACACUGAGGUGUUGAGCGUCACGAGCACAAAGGAGCGCGGAAAAACAGCUCUGGAGGUCACCUCAUCCUUUCUCUCAGCAGGAUGUAAGGACUCCUGUGCAGCUCUAGCUAACGGAUUAAACGAGAGAGACCCAAAAGACUGGCUGCAGGGCUGUUUGAGCAGCGAUGCGGGGCUGAAGGACGUGCUGUCGGACUGGGACUCAGACAUGGAUGUUGUGGAAUGUCUUAAGGACACAGAUGUUCUCCACAAUGGCAGCCGGAGUGAUCAGGAAGCUGCCCGACGUCUGGCCAGACGGCUCUACCACCUGGAGGGCUUCCGACGCUCGGAUGUCGCCAAACAUCUGGGCAAGAAUAAUGACUUCAGUAAGAUGGUUGCAGAAGAGUACCUCACGUUCUUUGAGUUUACAGACCAGACAUUGGACCAAUCGCUCAGAUGUUUUCUGAAAGCAUUCUCGCUAAUGGGCGAGACUCAGGAGAGGGAGCGGGUGUUAAUUCAUUUCUCUAAUCGGUACUAUCAGUGUAAUCCCACCAUCAUCACCGCACAAGAUGGAGUUCAUUGCCUUACCUGUGCACUAAUGCUGCUCAACACAGACCUUCAUGGCCCUAAUAUUGGGAAGAAGAUGACGUGCCAGGAAUUCAUCAAUAACCUGGACGGUCUCAACGGUGGACAAGAUUUCCCACGGGAGCUGCUGAAGUCAUUGUAUAACUCCAUCAAGAACGAGAAGCUGGAAUGGGCUGUAGAUGGAGAUGAGCUGAAGAAGUCUCUGUCUGAACUGGCGGAUAAGAACCAUCACUCUCACAGUAAGAGCAUCAGUCGCAUCAGCAGCGGCAGUAACCCCUUCCUAGACAUCGCACACGACCCCAAUGCUGCCGUCUACAAAACUGGCUUUUUGGCCCGCAAAAUCCAUGCCGACAUGGACGGGAAGAAAACUCCAAGAGGAAAGCGAGGCUGGAAAACCUUUUAUGCUGUUCUCAAAGGCAUGAUCCUCUACUUGCAGAAGGAUGAGUAUAAGCCGGAGAAGGCCCUAUCAGAGGACGAUCUGAAGAAUGCCAUCAGUGUGCAUCACGCUCUCGCCAUCAAGGCUAUGGACUACGAGAAGAAGCCCAAUGUCCUCAAGCUCAAGACUGCUGACUGGAGAGUUUUCCUCUUCCAGGCCCAGAGCCCUGAGGAAAUGGAGUCUUGGAUUAGAAUAAUCAACUCGGUGGCGGCCAUGUUUUCUGCCCCAUCUUUCCCUGCUGCCAUUGGCUCUCAGAAGAAAUUCAGCCGCCCGCUGCUGCCGGCGACCACCACUCGAAUGUCUCAGGAAGAGCAGCUGAAGUCCCAUGAGGCCAAGCUGAAGCACGUCUCUACAGAGUUAGCUGAGCACAGAUCCUACCCUCCAGACAAGAAGGUCAAAGCCAAAGAGAUCGAUGAGUACCGUUUGAAAGAGCACUACCUGGAAUUUGAGGAGAACCGUUACGAGAUGUACGUGAAGCUUCUGAAAGAGGGGGUGAAAGAGCUGCUGACGGCGAAGGAUGGCGACGCAGCGCUGAAGAAGUCGCAGUCCAGCCCUUCUCUCAACCAGGAUUCCCAGCCGGCCGCCGCCAAAGUCAAGCGCAACACGUCCGAGCGGAAGGAUUACCGGCCUGAAACUCCUAAGGUUACAUAGGCAGUGUUCUGCUUUUCUUUCUGAGAGCCAUUGUAUAUCACGCGUGACUGUAUUUUGAUGUAAUUUAUUUAUCUGCCGACAGUUGUAUCAGAAAACAUUUGUGUAAAAUGUCAAUUGAUCAAUUGAUUGGAAGUUGUACAUCUCUAGGUCUCCCUUGACCAGCCGGUUCUUGUGGAGCAAAUAGUGUGGUUUUCUUUUUUAUUUGUUAGCGUGUCCAGAUUUAGUAGUUGCACUUUAUUUUACAGUGUGUGCACUUACAGUACACAGGAAAUGACUUAAUAGGGUUAAGGUUUGGUUUAGGGGUAGGACAUGGUGACUGUAAAAUAAAGUGCUAGCGAUUUUUGUUUAGAGAACAUGACUGUCUCUUGAUUGUGCUGUUCCCCUAAUUUGCUUUUCCUUCAAGAGAAGUAUUUUCUUCAAGUUAGUGGAAAGGUCCACAUGUAGAUAUCCCGCAGUAGUCUCACUCAGAGCGUUAACUUUUAUUUUAAUAUAUAAACGAGCAACAGAUAUAAGCUGAAACGCUAGAAAGGGUAAUUUUGAGGAUCCUUCAGGUUGUUAAUGCAUGGAUUCGAUGCGGAAUUUGUCACGAAAGCCUUUGGUUGUCGUUGCUGAUGUAGUUCACUAUUAACCACCUACUAACAAACCACCGAAUUGUCGAUAUUGCAUCUACUCACGCGCAUUAAUGGAUCGUACCAGCAUGUCACAGCAAUGGACCGAAACUCAAAGCAGAUUAUUUUCUAAUGAUGAUUUCGAGGUACUUGCUGAGUUACGGCGUUUCAGACUGCGAGAUGACAUUAACGUCAUCCACUGUGCAGUUUGUGCCAUCUAUUUUUUUAUCUGUUUGUUGAAGUAAAGAGUAUACUUCUGCUUUUUCAGUAGUGUAAAUGCCAAUUCUCCUUUUGUGUAUUUUAUAAUCUUAUAUAUACACAUAUAUAUAUUUGAAUUUUUAAUUCUCAGUUCAGAACAUUAUUGUUGUAAAGAUGACGGUAGUAUUUAUAGUGCACUUUAUUAGUUCCUUUGACUCUUUUAGAGAGUUUUUUAAAGGGUAGUGAUAUGUCACUUCAUUAUAUCACAGGUUUUUCCAAGCAUAACCAAAAGGAUGGUUGGUUUUAUUGAAGGUACACAGCCGAAGGUACAAUUUUCACUCGUGUAAAGUCGUGUUAGUUUGUCCGUGCUCGCGUGUGUUUUUGCUGUCAUGUUUAGGUUGUUCGAAGACACGGUUUGUAGAAGAAUUUAGAACAGGUUGCUUUUCGUGAUGCUGACUUUGAAUUUCAGAUGACAUUUUCAUUACCGAUGACAUGUCGUGAACACUAUAUGAACGUUCUACGCUGUUUAUUGCACACCAACAAAGAUUGUCCACGGUGGAUCUAUUUACUCGUUUGAGCUUUUAAAAAGGAAUAUGAAUAUGAAAAGCUGUUCACAUUUACAGAUAUUAGUCCCCGAAGUCUAUAAUGACAUUUGUUUACUUGAAAUGUUUUUUGAGGACACUUUAUUAUUAUGUUUUUGCUAGAAUUAAACAGAUAGAAAGAAUUCGUUCAUAUCUACGUUGUGUUAUUGCAAGCUCUUUCAAUGGACUUUAUAGAUUGUUGCUGCGUCAUGUUUUUUUUUCUUGCUGUGAAAUCGCAGGACAUGUCAUUUCUCCUGUCCAGUUCUGAAUACAGAAUUAGCACUUAGAUGAUGUUUAUUUUUAUUUAUUUGUUGCAAAGUGUAGAACAAAAAAUUAUUUUUGAGCAGUAUUUACUCGCAUAGUAAUCAGUACUAUAAAACUGUCAUCAGUGUGAAAGGCCAUGCGAAGAGAUAUGGACUCUUCUUUUAUGUGCUGCAGUGUUCCAUGUUAUUUGUUCACGCUUCUCCAGACCAAAUAGAUUCCUGUGACACGUAACUCUGGCACUAACCCUUUAACAGUGCACGUCGUAGUACUUUUAAAUAGUAUCUCCAUUCGUUAUUAUUUUGCAUAGGACGGAAAUCAUAAGAAGCGAUGGUGGCAUGCAAGUGGACUUCAAAAUGAAAACAAUAACAACAUGAAAAGCAGUCAGACUUGCAUAAUUAAAAGCAUUUAAGAGUCAGAUAUCUGUCUUAAGAUGAUAUUUUCGACUGAAAAAUUUGCUUUGUGUGUGACUUUUAAUCUCCCGGGUGUGAACUACUCUUGUUUACCAUGCCACAGUGUUGUUUAUUUCUCCCUGAGCUGAACUUGAUUGUAUACAUCUUGACUUUUUGUCCACGCAGAUGUCAUCUUUGUCUGUUUACUUUCUCAAACCCUGUAAUGUAUGACCUCCUCUCAAGAUGCAAUUGUGUGAGUAUUGAAGGAGAGCAGCUGGUUUUAAUGCGCCUUAGCCAUCAGUUGGGCCGUUUGGUGUCCAAACUCAGAUCUAGUGAACUUUCUCUCUCUUUUUUUUUUUUAGCUGUGAUGCUGUACUUCUCCUGUAAAUGUUGUUAAAUAUGCCUGUCGCCCUGUGUUCUGAAGACUGAAUUAGUUUGGUUGUGAUCGGUUGGCAUGAGCGUGUCUUACGCCUGUCCACAAAGAUCAGGGACACAAUGUUGGCUUCAGUGAAUAAAACACUGUAUUUAAUCGUU